AUGGGUUGCUGCAGAUUCGUGGACUUCCACUCGGCCGCGUCCACGUGCUCCCCGUCUCGCGCCUCUCUGCUCACCGGGCGGCUCGGCGCUCGCAACGGGGUGACCCACAACUUCGCCGUCACCUCGCUCGGUGGCCUCCCUCUGAACGAGACGACGUUAGCCGAGGUCCUGCGGGAGGCUGGGUACAGCACGGGGGCUAUAGGCAAAUGGCACCUGGGACACCAUGGCCGCUAUCACCCCAACUUCCGUGGUUUCGACUAUUACUUCGGGAUCCCCUACAGCCACGACAUGGGCUGCACAGACACCCCUGGCUACAACCUCCCACCGUGUCCCGCCUGCCCUCGGCACGUCGCAGCAGCCAGCCAUGUGAAAAAAGACUGUUACACGGACGUGGCUCUUCCUCUCUUUGAGAACGUCACUAUUGUCCAGCAGCCCGUCAACCUGACCAGCCUGACGGCACAGUACGCGGAAAAAGCAUCGCAGUUCAUGUGGCGUGCCAGGGAACUCUUUAUUGGGACAAACUUUGGCGGUCACCGUGGGAUGACCAAACCGGCAUUCGCCCUCCAGCCCAAAUCCGCUCCUCGCCGAGAAGCCUCCCUAAUGAGCACGUCUUGCUCCACUGUUGACCAGAUGACAGGAACUGCUCGGGGGCUCAUUAAAGCCCCAAGGCAAGCGCUGCUGUGCAGCCGUCUCCUCUGCCCCCGGCUUCGGUUCGGUCACGUAGGGGCAACUGGAGCUGCCUGGAAGAAACAGGGCCCUUCACUAGAAAAUAAACCUUUAUUACCAGCAGCUGCCUGUCAGGCCCCGCUCUCCGCUCUUGCUAGCGUAGAAAGGCAUCUGGCGAUACAAAGGAGGAUAGCAGGGGUCGUGGGUCUUUUGGCAGGACGCAAAAGCUCCCCGAAAGGGGGAGCUCAUGGAGAAGCCCUUGGAGAGCAGAGGGGUGGCUUCAUGGCCUCCAUCAGCCCACCCGUUUCCGUCCCCGUCUGGCGGUGUGGCUCACGGAGAUGUUUUUCUCUUGCAGGUGACAACGGCCCCUGGGCUCAGAAGUGCGAGCUGGCUGGAGGCGUCGGGCCGUUUGCCGGCGCGUGGCAGCGCCAGCGAGGUGGGAGCUCAGCAAAGCAAACAACCUGGGAAGGAGGCCACCGGGUCCCGGCGCUGGUGUACUGGCCUGGCCGAAUCCCCGCCAACCGGACGAGCCCUGCCGUGCUGAGCACUAUGGACAUUUUCCCUACUCUGGUGGCCCUGGCUGAAGCUGAGCUUCCUCCAAACAGACGCUUUGAUGGUUUAGACGUGUCCCCGGUUCUCUUUGGGCAGUCAGACAAGGGGCACAAGACACUUCUUCACCCCAACAGUGGGGCAGCUGGGAAGGAUGGAGAGAUAAAGGCACUACGACUGGCUCAGUACAAGGUGUUUUACACAACAGGAGGGGCAAAGGCUUGCGAUGGAAGCGUUGGGCCAGAAGAGCAUCACCAGCCUCCACUCAUUUUCAAUCUGGAUCACGAUAUCCAGGAGCAGGAGCCUUUGGAUGUGGCAUCCAGAGAAUAUCAGGCAGUGUUACCUGCAAUCAGCAGGGCUUACGCAGAAGCUCUUCAGGAUAUUGCAACAGACAAUGUCUCGGUUGCAGAUUACUCCCAAGAUCCGGCAGCGACCCCCUGCUGCAACAGCCAGCAUGUGGCCUGCCGAUGCCAAGCUCACGGGUCGCACGCAGCCUCGCUGGACCAUCGCACAGAAGGAGCAACGCAGCUUUGCAUUUAAUCAAGUAAUUGCUCGAGCUGCUCCGUUUCUGAUUCUGGCUAUGUUAACGGGACUGUUGUUCAGCCUGGCUCCAGGCUUCAGGUUGGCCACAGAGGACAGGGAUGGAGGCUGCGAUUCCCUUUGCUCCGUGCUAUGAAACAGUGUAGGGAGCAACCUCACGCGCCGCAGUGACCGACUGCUGGUUAAUGCUGAUCGUCAGGAUGAGACCUGCACAAACCUACCCAGGCUGCAUGCAGCCAGCCAGCGCCUCUCGGGUUCCAGGCAUAGUUUAUUUGACUUAACGAAACAGCUCUCCUGAUGAAACCUUCAGAUCAACUUCAUUCCUGAGGCUUUGACUCAGAGCCUGCAGAAGAGUGCAGCCAAAUGCAAGCAUUGAUGGUGUACGUCUGGAAAAGCACUGAGGAAUCGGCUAAAAGAAACGCCUUUUCUACUGAUCUUCAGAAGUUUUAAAAGAUCUGCUGGUAUGUAUUCUUCAGGUCCGUAUAUGCCACAUCGUUUCAUUCUUGCUGAAUCCUGCAGGUUUUCUUGUGUAGAACCUCAUAGCGCUACCCCAAAACUUUUCUAAAUAUGAUCUUUUGGGGCAACGAGAGUGGCUCCUGAAAGGCUGAGCUGGUUGUGCAGUCAGGCUGGUGUCAGCAGGGCACUGCUGGGCGCGAAGCAUAUCCCAGCAACUCCCAAAACUGCCAGCAACUUCUGCAGCUCUGAUGAACUAGUACAAAAGUGGCAACUGCUUGGACAAGUAAUCAGCGAACAGCAGGAACUGACACAUCAUUUGCAGCCAUAACUGUGGGUAAAACCAGAAGCGACUGUCAAAUAAACGGAGCUGGGUUCAUGCUUCCCCUCCUGAGGGCUUUGAUCACUCGGAAGGGUGAUGCAGCUCCUCGCAGCAAGUCUCAAGCACAGCACCUUUUCCUCAGGUUAGCUUUUAGCCUGCCGUCCAUCUCAAUAACAGCUAAGUACUUUCCGCAUAAGAUCAACAGCAAUUCCAAAGAGACCCUAGUAGACCUGAAAGCAUUUAAUCCACCCCAUCAAUGCAAGCAAGAUAUGUAAUUGAACUAGUUUAACCUCUUGCUACAGGAUUGUUCAGCAGUACUAGCAUACUAGCAUAUAGUAUGCUAGCAUAUAAUACUAGCAUAACCACAUCCAUAUUAAUUCUUGUUCAGGUCAGUUUUUAACAUCACUUAAGCCCCCCCUGGGUUUUUCAUCUCUUCUCUGACCUGUCCCUCCUUCUGGUUAAUGAAGAGGCAGUUUCCUGCAAUCAGCAACAGAUUUUAUGUUAGACUGAAGCUGCAUUUCCUUACUAUUAACGAUUGAGCCUCUGAAGUCCUGCUCACCAGCACUUGAGGUCAGGGGAAGGCAAAAUGUUUUAAAAUGGAGAGGAACUGCUGGGUUCUAGGCGCUGCUGUUUCCCCAGAAGUAUGUCCAACUUCAAAGCCAUACUCGCGGCAUGGGCUGUGGGUGAAUAUUCCAUUUUGUCACAAGUUUUGAGGUUUUUAAAUGUCUUUUUGUUGCACACUGGAAGACAAACAAAAUCCUUCCCAUGUUUCCACAAAAGAGAAUGCUGUCAAAACAUUUUUGUUGGAUAAGGUCAGGUUUUCUCUCCCUCCUUCACACAAAAGUGACCGAUCCCUGAAACCCCUCUUGAACAAGUCACUGAGACCGUACGUUUCAGCGCUGAGAAAACAGCAGAGUUCAGUGAAAAUUCAGAGCAUCAAAACAUCCUGACCAGCUCUCCUUACGAACGAACACAGCAGGAGCCAAUGCUGCACUAGCAAGGAGACCAGAUGCAAAACGCUACCUCCAGCAACAGAGGGGGAAAAAGUGAAGUCCUAGCUGCAGACGCUUUAUCUGGAAGCUCCUAUUGCUAAGCCACCGUAUCAACGAGUAUUUUUGGAAAGCUCCUUCCCUCCUACACCACCUCCUCCCUACGUUACACAUAUUAAGUUGCUCUGUCAGGUUAAUUACAGCACAGGAUUUUGACAGAUCAAAGUCCAUGUAAUAAAGCGCCUGCUGUUGUACAGCAGGGGUUUAGGGCUGCUUUUAUACUGCGUAGUCCCAGCAGGCAGACUCAUUCAGGAGCAGCAUGAUUCCUGCUUGCUGGCAUUUGCUUGUCCCCAGACCACAGGUUCAAGUGUAGGUUCAUAGAAAGAAGCAAAGGAUUUCUUUCUGGCCCUGCUGCUCCUAGGAACUUUCCUGCCAGAUGCCUGGGCCAGCAGCUCUGACAAGAGGGGAAGACAUUUUAGCUCCUUCCUAGGUAAUGGAACAGGACAAACAGAAAACUUUUGUUCCGAGUUUGCAAUAGGUUAUGCUACAGGUAACAAAAGAGAAUUAGUCCAAAGUUUAUGUGACUUGAAAAGCUGGAUUUAGGUAGUGUUUAAAAUGGAGUCAUGAGCUAGUUGUAAUACUUUGCAUCAGUUUAAAGUGCCUUACAGAGGAGGUCAGCCUCAACAUAUGGAACAAAUCCUGGGAUCCCAGUAAAGUUUUUACUUCCUCCUUCAGGCAAAAUACCAACAGCAAGAUGUGUAAAAACAGAGGAAAGGAUUCAAAAAUCUGCCGAGUUUACAACUUGAAAUCCAUUACAAUAUGCUGCUGUAUUAAUGCAUUACUAUUAUGAAGACACUGCUGAUUACAACCAGGUCAUAUCAUGGUAACCAAGCUCUGUCCACUUAAGAGUUAAAUAUUUAACACUAUAAAUGCUGGUAUAGUAGGAAGAGGAGCAGGAGAGACACUGCCAGGCUUAAGUUAGAUUUUUAAAAGCCAAUAUGUCCUUCCAAUGACAACUGAGAAAGUGCCAUUUAAAAAUCAUAAAACGGUUUCAAACUCUGUUAGGCUUUUCACUUUGUAUUGGGAAAAGGAGUUUCCUUUUUAGUUAGCUUGGAAAUAAAGAGACCGGUGAGAUUCAUAUAUGUCCCGGUUGCUUUCCCAUACACUAACACAACUAACUGGAAAUGGUGCAGGGAAUAUUAAGUGUUUAUUUCUAAACGAUGGGAUUGUUCAAAUUAAAGCUAAAAAACAGUCAAGUUAUGUGCAAGGCACAAAGGUCAGAUCUGGAUCUGAAUGUCAUUCGGCAUCUGAACUUCAUUCAGCUAGUUUGUUCGGAUCCAUCUCUAGUUACUAGGAUUGGUCAUCUUUCCCCAUCUCUAGCUGCCAUUCAGUGGGGGUGUAAUCUUCCUGGUACUGUCCCUAUAGCUUAAUUAGUUAUUUUAAGCUUCACAGUGAAUUGGGACAAGGUGGGGGCAACAAUAUCUCUUCUGCAAGGGUUAAUACUUUCUUCUUAGCAUGA